AUAAUGUGAUAAUUUAUUAUAGUGAUCAUGCGCAUGCGCUUUUCGGCGUGGUGACGUCAAGAUGAAUCUUGUGCUCUGAUCGUCUGAGUUGGAUGCGACAUUACAGUCGAUACAUUAUUGACACUAGAAUAAGUGAAUAGUUUGUAUGAAGAUGUCAGUCAGAUGUCUCUCCUCGCUAUUCGUGCUGUUGAUGGUCGUUUCGAUCGGCGCUGUUUCAGGUGCUACUGGUCUGAAAUGUUAUCUGGGCGAUGAAGUUAGUUUUAAACCGAACCCUACACUGUCAUCUGGAAGCACCAUUACCUGGAAAUUCUGGUCUGCUGUUGGGAGUGUGAUUCGAGUGAUUGAAUUUGAUCACGGCGAAUCUACACAUCCUCAUAAUCCUCUCUUUAAAGAGUCCAUAGCAGCAGACAAGUACACUGGGGAACUGACUUUAAAACAUGUUAAGAAAGACCACAGUGGACUCUAUUACUUUGAGAUCAACGGCAAAGAGCAUCAGCAGAAGUUCACAUUACAGGUUAUGGGUUUGCCUCCUAAACUGAAGAUGGUGAAAGAGAGAGAUUCUGUCUCUCUACACAUUGAUGUUACUGAAGAACAGAGAAAUGAGAAGAUACACUGGAAGAUCAAACACAACAACUCUCUUGUAGCUGAAAUCAUUACAGAGAAUAGAAAGAUCUCAACACCUUUUAUUGAAGAGAGAUUCAGAGACAGACUGAAGCUGGAUGAUCAGACUGGAGAUCUCAUCAUCACACACAUGAAGAAUGAAGACUCUGGACAGUAUGAAGCAGAUGUCACCAUCGGCAGCAUCACACACACUAUACACGAGACAUUCAGUUUCACUGACUCAGGUGAGGAGAUCUCUUCAAUAUAAUUAAAGUAUUUUCAUAAAAGUUUCGUCUUACUUUAGAUUAAAGCAUUGUGCAAAGACAAUAUUUCUACAAAGUUAAUUUCAAUAAAUCUGUCACAGUAAUAUUUAAAUACAGUCGAUCAGUAUUUGUUUCACAGUUAGUAAUGUCCUGAAAAUUCAUAUUUACACUUUAACACCUGCUGUGAAUACACAGUAAUGCAUGACAUCAACACAAUCAUUCUGAACAUCAU